AUGAAGGAAGGUGAUGAGUGGAAAACCGCUUUUAAAACCAAGCAUGGUCUAUAUGAGUGGCUUGUGAUGCCAUUUGGCUUGACCAAUGCGCCAAGUACUUUCAUGCGGUUGAUGAAUCAUGUCCUUAGGUCUUUCAUUGGUCAUUUUGUGGUUGUUUAUUUUGAUGAUAUCCUGAUCUAUAGCAGGACCUUUGAUGAUCAUCUUAAGCAUCUUGCCGCGGUCAUGAAAAUGGCGUACAGGUUGAUGAAGAGAAGGUCGCAGCUAUUCCGGGAUUGGCCUAGUCCUAAGACCGUUGGAGAGGUCAGAAGCUUUCAUGGCUUGGCCGGAUUCUAUCGGCGGUUUGUUAAGGAUUUUAGCACCAUAGCCGCGCCAAUGACUGAGAUUAUCAAGAAGGCAGUUGGAUUCAAGUGGAGAAGUGAUGUGGAGUCAGGUUUUACCAAACUCCUAGACCUCUGCAAGUGCACAGAUCGCGGAAGUAUGGGUAUCGAACACAAGGACUGGCUAUUGAGUACACUUUGA